CAUCCGGGUAUUCAGUGGAUGACACAUCCACGAGAAAGUGAUUGUUUGUUGACGAAUGCACGAGCAAAUAAUCACGUGCACUUUAUUCACAUCGGGGGCCAUGACAUCCAGCACUGUUCAAGCGUGAAGAUCUUGUUACACAGGUUGCGUAUUAUAGAGGUUGUGGAUAACAGAAGUUGUGGAGGCCUACAUCAGUCAGUUGUCCUGUGAUCUGCCCUCCACAGUCUGUCGGGCGUAUAUCUGUUUACCUACACCAGUGGAUCGUCCAGUGAGCCGCCAUGUCUUCCCGCCAUGUGCUCGGGUCUGCUACCAUAUGGUGCCUCUCAGUUAGCUUGCUAUCGCUUCCUGGUGUCGUGUCGCCCUCGGAGACGUGUGUCUGUCUAAGAAAUGAAACCUCAGGUUUAUAUAAUCCCAUCCAUAUUGAAUUCAGGGGCGAGAGGUAUUAUAUCGCAGAGCAACGCGGGAUCGUACGAUAUUUUGAAACACGUGACAAGGAAGCACGUGUCUUAUUGAAUAUUUCGGAUAAGAUUGUGUUGACAGCCUCUCCAGCUGAUCAGAGAGGUUUACUUGGAUUUACCCUGCACCCUCGUUAUAACGCAAAUGGUAAACUUUAUGUGUAUUACAUUGGAAACAGUUCGGGAGUUCAGUUCUCGUACGUCAGCGAGUUUACCGUCGUCGACGAUGUGGCACUACCGACCACUGAGAGGAUAUUGUUGAGAAUUGAACAAAUAACUAACGCUGGGAAUGCUGGCCAGCUGCUGUUUGGCCAUGACGGUUACCUGUACAUAUCGGUCGGGGACGGGGUUGGUGAUGAUGGCAUACCACGUGACCAUGCACAGGACCCAAGCAGCCUUCUCGGGAAGAUACUGAGAGUUGACGUGGACGGCCAGACCUUCAUGGGCGGAGCCGCGCUCCGGUACGGUAUUCCCGAUAACAACCCGUUUGUUGACAAGUCACCAUGGAGACCUGAGGUGUUCGCAUACGGUUGUCGUAAUAUGUGGCGAUGCAGUCAGGACAGAGUUGCUGACAAACAUGGUGAGCGGCGUAUUUUCUGUGGCGAUCCGGGAGCGCGAACUUAUGAAGAGAUCGACGUCAUCCUCAGCGGCCGGAACUACGGUUGGAACAUCAAGGAAGGAACGAGUGCUUCGACAGCUCAAAGUGUGGCAAUGGGACAGAAUGAAGCGUUGCCUAUCUACGUGUACAGUCACACGAACCUCUUCCACGCUGUCGUCGGAGGACAUGUGUACAGAGGCAAGGCGCUUCCUGAUCUGUACGGCCUCUAUCUCUACGGUGACGCCAUGACAGGCAACAUAUCAGCGUUGUUGGAGGGCAGCGACGGCUGGACAUCGUCCCCGCUCCCCGUGUGUGACCGACACCACUGUCCGUGUGAUGCCAGGGAGCAGCCCCGGGACUUCCUUCUGACCUUUGGUCAAGAUGAACAAGGAGAGGUGUACAUUCUGUCGACGUCUUCAAUUACGGCGUUCAAAGACGACGGUGUAGCUUUGAAAAUAGUGCCAUCACUUGGGGAGAAGCCUGUAACUUGUGGGUGUGGUCGCAGGGGAGAGUCAGCUGGUGUCGUCGUCGUCGUAACGUUGAUGAUGACGGUGCUGACGUGGUUUGCUUCCUGGCGUGUUGAGGACGCCGUCGACUGAAGAUCGUGUAUAUUAGCUUAUAAGCUGGGGUGUUCGGUGACGGGAACUGUACAACUGUAUUAUAAUAUAUCUGAUGAGAAAUAAACCACAAACUGACACAAA